GGGCUCUUUACUCCCCCCCCCCCUGGAACUUGGGUGCAGGAAGUGUAAGUUCUGCGAGUGGAAGGGCUGUUGUCGUACGGAAGUUUCCACAACCCAACCACCAGGAAUGGCAUUUGGCAACACUCAUGUGCUAGCUGAACUGGAUCUCUCUGGGAAACCGACUUUCAGCGCUAUGGACGCAGAGAAGCUCUACUUUACUGAUACACGACGUACAGAUGGCGGGGCAGAUUUCCUAAUCCACGGACCGACCGAAAGCCCCCGAACGGACUGGCAAUAUUUGGAAGCAAACAAAGGGGCAGAUUUCCUAAUCCACGGACCGACCGAAAGCCCCCGAACGGACUGGCAAUAUUUGGAAGCAAACAAAGGGGCAGAUUUCCUAAUCCACGGACCGACCGAAAGCCCCCGAACGGACUGGCAAUAUUUGGAAGCAAACAAAGGGGCAGAUUUCCUAAUCCACGGACCGACCGAAAGCCCCCGAACGGACUGGCAAUAUUUGGAAGCAAACAAAGGGGCAGAUUUCCUAAUCCACGGACCGACCGAAAGCCCCCGAACGGACUGGCAAUAUUUGGAAGCAAACAAAGGGGCAGAUUUCCUAAUCCAUGGACCGACCGAAAGCCCCCGAACGGACUGGCAAUUUUUGGAAGCAAACAAAGAAAGGUCUGAAUCAACAACAACACCGACAGUUGGUUUCCAGCUCUUCACUUUGGUGAUAUGGACGGCGCUAAGCGUUGCCAUGAUUAUCCUCGGGUCCAUGCAUGUGGGGAACUGCCCCAGGGAGCCCAAUAUCCCCAUUUACCUGAUAGUGGCCGGGGCCUUCCAUUUAGUGGGGUUUUGCCUCAUUCCAUUGAAGAAGGCGGCAAAGAAAGUGACCUACGCCCUAGAGAGCAUCAUCGGGCUCUUCUCCUUCUGCUGGUUCAUUGCCGGUAACUAUCAUGGAGUUUCUUCAUUAUCCCCCUUCUGCACAAGAGCUUCAAGAGAAAUAAUGAUAACAAAUGUGAAACACCUAAAAACAUUCAGUUGUAGCGUUUGGGUCUUCAGAAUCUACCCCGACGAUCCCAGGGCUUGUAACGAUCUGGUCUAUAAAUCUGCCUUUGGAAUCUUGAUAUUUGAGUAUCUCUUUAUAGGCUUGGUGCUCUUCUCCGUCUGCCUCUGUACAUGCUGCGCCGGCUGCCUGGCAUUUUCUGGUGCUGAGCGUAAUGACAGCCAAAUUCCUUCCUAAUUGCCGUGGGGAUGGAGGAAAAAGAAGCCCACCGUGUAUGGAUCUGGAUUAAACUAAUAGCCUUUUA